AUUAAUAGCGUGCUUCCAGAUGAUCAAGGUGCGCGGCAACCUGCAGCCCAAAUAACAGGGAAGGUGUGGCAAGGUGUUUAUAAGCCACUUGUGACUUGAAAAAUUUGUGUUUAUAAAGUUAUUUAAAGAACCAUGUCUUAAUUUUAUAUAAAAAGCUUUAAAUACUCGAAACAUCUGGAAGCUCACAAAACUGCCAUGGGAGGGUGCUCAAAAUGUAUGACAAGGGUACCUUACGGUACCUUAAUUGCCACAAUUUUAUGCUGUGCUGGAGUACUGACAUUUUUAAUAUGCCUUUAUCCUGCCGUAAGACUGACACUAGACAUGUUCGAAACUGUUUUCAUUUAUGAUUUGGAAUGGCUCAAUGAUGUCCGUCUCAUAUUUAUCAUUGUUGGUGCUUUCAUGGGACUUCUUGCAAUAACGUUGCUAGUGGUCGGAAUAUUUUCAACGGGAGCCACAAGAUCAAAAAUUUACAGAGGAUGGAAGUCCCGUGUUGGAGGAAGAAUUACGACAGCUCUGUGCAUGACUCUGGCUUACCUUUUAAAUCUCGUGUGGCUGGCUUUUUCAUGUUGUCUUGUAAUAGUAGUUUUCAUCUUCUAUGUUUUAAAAAUGAUGUGCGAGCAGCCAACUGAAUGCAUUGACCUUCAGCAAUUUCAUUUCGCAUUUCCAAAUGGCACAGAUUAUAAGUUGCUGAAAAUUUGCGAUAAAAGAAAAAUCUUCUGCACUGAUACGGUCCAGUAUGCGACGCCAUAUUUCAUAUUAUCUUUCGCUGCAUCCAUUGUUGUUGUCAUAAGUUUGGUGCAUUAUAUCAUGUGUCUUGCAGCUAAUUAUACAAGGAUAAAAGAUCACGAAAAAUUCAAAGACUUGCAAGAGCUACAAUACUUGCAAGAUUCCGAAAUGGGGACCUUGCCAAAAGAUCGCUUCUAGGACAUAAGCCAAGAAAUUUUCAGAAAGGAAAGAUUUUACAGAGUACUGUGAUUCAAAAUCCUACAAAGGCAAGCAACAUAUCUAUGUGAUUAAGGAAUGAAUUUAAAUUCCCUGCAAAAUGAUAAAAUAACUUUCUUUUCAAGAAAAUUUCUUGGCAUCUCGUGUAUCGGUGCAUUAAAAUUGUGUCAUUUCUUUUAAAAUGUCCGGUGAUAUAGUGCAUGCAACAUAAUCUUGUACAUAGAUAUCAAGUUCAAAACUAUAAUCUUGUAUAUUUUGUUUUAACAUUUUAUUCAAAUUAUAACUUUAAUGUUUCAUUUGCUGUGAGGUUUUGGAUAAAUUUUUCAACAGUGAGUCUUCAAACAUCUAUUUGUUAAAAAUUGUCAUUACUAAGCAUUUUGAAAACAUUAUUAAGAAAUUUUGUGAAUGCUACAUAAGAUAUAAAUUUUUUAACUAAUUAUUAUGUCAUGUUUAAUCAAUAGAACUUAUAUUGUUAAUGAUUUUCAAAGGAUGAAACGUUCAGCUAAGGUUAAGUAAGAAUAAUUGUUUUUAAAAAAAUGAGUAAUUUAAGGAAACAUAAUGCCGUCCAUUUCUGAAAAUAUUGAUAAAAAAAAUUUAGCUUUUUAACUACAUACUCUAGCUAGUUUUGCACCUGAUUUCAUAAAAAAGGAAUUUUAUUAAACUUUUGAUAUUGUAGUACUAUUCUACAUUACUUGCAAUUUCUACUGUUCCAAUCAAUGUGUUAAUCAGCUUCAAUAAAAGUUAUUAAUAUUUAUGUGUGAAUUCAAAAUAUGAUUGAUAUGAAAACUAUUUAUUAUAAUUAUUCCAUGUUUAUCAUAACAGGAACGAUGAAGUUACUUUGAUUGCUUUUGCUAAAAGAAUGUCACAUUUGGUCAUAAAAUCAUUUUUGAAAAACUUGUAUUUUUAUAUUGGUUUCUUCAUUUUUUCCUAAAAUACAGAUCAACUGUAAAUGUUUUACUUGGUUAUGCAUGAACAUUUUUAAGCUUUGUGAACAUCACAUGAAGCUUUAUGAACUUUGGUAUGCUUCAAUUUGACAUUUGGAAGAAAAUUUGCUUUUCAAUAACAGUGUCAUUAUUAGCUUUAACAACCCAACCACCUCAUUUAAAAUUUGAUGAUAUUCUUGGGAACUGAGUAAGAUGUGAAUAUGUAAAUUUUAAAGAAGUAGAUGUAAAACAAAAGAAAUUAUGCAAUUUAUGUAUACCUAUAAGGUCUUAAUUAAUGUAAUAAUCUACGAAACUACUUACAUCAAUUAAUAGUAACUAUUAAAAGCUGAACAAUCAUAAUUUAAACAAAGGAAUAAAGAUAAUUUAAGGACUAUUUAAUAUUGAAACAAAAUAUAGCAUUAAAUAAUGAAAUUUUUUUAAACUGAAUAAAAACUCCGUUUUCAAAUCAUAUAAAAUAUUACUAGUAGUGUCAGCUAUUUUCGUAAAUGUUGAAUACUAAUUGGUAAACAUUAAUUUUGUUGCUUUUAAUUAGAUGUUAACUUGUGGAAAAUAUAUUUUCAAUGGUCAACUGAUUAAAGUUAACUUGUUUUAUACAUUUAUAUGUACCUCUUUUUGACACAUGUAUUUGAUAUUGUUCUAUUUAUAAGAUAAUAUUUAUUGUAUAAUUUUAGACUUACGUUGAGUACAUUUUAUGAUUUCAUUUGUGUUUUAACUGGAUAAUUUUAUUGUGGGAAAUUAGUGUUAAAUAUGUGCCUCUUGUAAAUCAAGACUGAAUACUAAAGACUGCAUUUAUGUAUUUAAAGUAUAGUUUUAUUUACACUGCCUUUCAAAUAAAUAAAUUCUAAUAAAUGUA